CUUGCUGACACUUCCGAUCCAGAUAAAAUCAAUGUCUCAUCAAAAUUCCACUGUUUAAAAGCUAAGAAUAAUAAUUCUGAGUUGAAUGUUGAAAAAACAUCUGUGGUCGACUUAGAUGGAGCCGAACUCAAUGAUUUUCCAGCUAGAUAUUCGGUCCCGUCAUUACAGCCAUAUGAGUUUGCUGCUGUUGGCGUUUGGAUCCAUCCAAAUAUUGUACCUGGAUUUAAAUAUAAAGUUCGACCAAUUGAAGAAAAAGAGCGAACACGAUUCUUAUUUGAUAAGAGAGCAUUGGAAUUAACUAGCAUUGGUCGUGGUUAUUCAAGACGUUUAACUUUCGAAGCUAGUCCAGGAUUAUUAAAUAAUAAUGACAACUAUUUUUGGACAGAUUCUAUGCCCUUUGGUUAUGCAUUUCAAAUACAUGUUGUAUCUGUUGGAGAUAAUUUUACAGUAUAUGAUGCGAAUAAUAUUGCUGUUGCUUCAUUAGAAAUUACUAAAAUCCCGAGUGCUCAGAAGGAAAUCAAGCAUGAUGUAACAGAAAAUAGAGAAGUGAGGAAACAUGUGGAAGUAAAUAUGAUGUGUAAAAUAGAUUGGUUUUAUAAAGAUGAUUUAUCUGCAAUAACACCAGUCACUGGUAUUGCUGUAGUUUCUAAAUCAUCACGUGGAUCGGCAAAACUUGUAAAGAUAUUAGAUGCUGCUAUUGGUUUUAUGCCAUGUCGAGGUUACACUUUAAUACCAGGUGUUGAUGAUAAGCAACGGCAACUAGUAUUAAAUGGUAGUAGUAUUGGUGAUGCACCCACUAUGUACACAAUGACUGGUUUAGAACCAUAUGAAAUGCCUGUUAUUGGUACAUACGUUGAUCCAAGAGUUAUUCCUGGUUUUCACUAUAAAGUACGUCCAACCGGUCACAAGAACUAUUUUUUUGAAGGCAAUGCUUUACAAUUGGUCAAUAUUGGAAUGGGAUAUGGGAAACGUAUUACAUUUAAACCAGAUUCUCAAAAUCUUAACAAUAACACUAACUUUUUCUGGAGUGAUUCAUACCCGGAGGGAUAUGGAUUUCAACCUCAAGCAGUAUUUUGUGGCAUGAAGUUUGAAGUUAUGGAUGGCACUCAAAAUAUUGGUGAAGCUACAGUAUUCCGCUGUGAUAAUCCUCAAAUUGAGGAUCAACAAUGCAUUGUGAAAGGAAAAAAUGGAGUGACUGUGACCAAGUACAUUCAUGUUGAUGUCACAUGUCAAGUGAUAUUAAAGAGUGAUAAAUUUGAUCAAGAGUCACAUGCUCUUCGGGUUUCUGGGACUGCAGUUGUAGUAAAAUGUCCUAAACAAAACGAAGCUAAACUACUCUAUAUUGAUAAUGUUGGUCUUAGCUCCAAGCUUAACUUGUUGUUUAUGAAUCAAAAGUCUCAUAUUAUUUUUCAAGCUAUUUAAUCAUGUUACAUAAUUCAUAAUUACAGCUAAACACUCAAAAACAAGCAUAAAUAUUUGUUUUGUUCCUUUUACAGUACAUGAAUGUAUCAUUUUCUGAUAUCUACCUUGAGUAUUUUUUUAUUGUUUUAUGGUUUAAUACUUU